GAAGAGAAUUAUGGCUGAUUAAAGUAUAACUACAGCGACAACAAUGAAGAAAGCAGCUAAGCCUAAGUCUAAAGAACCUUCUAAGAAGGCAGUUGAGAUGUUGAAGCAGCUUGGUAUACCCACUGAUGGAACAUGUUUGUACUGCCAGACAGGGGAGAUGGAUGAAAUGAAGGCUGGUAGGCUUCUGCAAGAUAAGUCAAGUGGCAUCACUGUCCACCAUUACUGCUUGCUUUUUGCAAGUGGAUUAUCUCAGAGGGGUAAAGAAAACCAAGGCAUUGAAGGAUUUUUACCGGAAGAUAUCAUUCAGGAAUUUAAAAGAGCAAAACGCCUUAGUUGUAGAUACUGUUUGAGCAAAGGUGCUACCAUUGGAUGUGUGAUUAAACGAUGUCAGAUGACUUUUCACUUUCAUUGUGGUCUUGACAACGGAGCUCUCUCACAGUUCUUUGGCAACUUCAACUCAUUUUGCUUUGAGCAUCGCCCAAGUCAAGAACCUGACCUAUCCUGUGGCAGUCCUAGUAAAAGUGUGUGCCCGAUAUGUGUUAGCGAUGUGCCCUCUGAACCACAAGUCAAUGUCCUGAAGACACCAUGCUGCAAGAACCUUUGGCUUCAUAGAGAGUGCCUACAGCGACAAGCUAUAAGUUCUGGUUAUUUCUUUCGCUGCCCUGUCUGCAACAACAAAGAUGACUUUGAAAAAGAGAUGAAGAAGUUUGGUAUCUACAUUCCCGAACAGGAUGCAUCUUGGGAACGGGAGGAUGGAGCAUUUCAGGAUUUGUUAGAGCGCCAUCAUAGGUGUGAUGCUGAGGAUUGCCUCUGUCCUAACGGUCGUACAUUCAGCAAAGGAAAAAAAUGGAUGAUAAUUUUGUGUGGCAUUUGUGGGUCACAAGGCUGCCAUAUCAAAUGCGGUGGAUUGAAGAAUGAUUCUAAAGACUGGGCUUGCUGGAUAUGCUGUACAAUGGUCAGCACAGAAAUGGAUUCCAAAAAGAAAGUUAAAUCCACAUCCUCAUUAUCCAAGAAGCAAUUAAAUGGGCCACCAUACAAGAUGAAACUUCAAGGCAAAACUCCACGAUCACCAUUACCUAGCAACCAACUACUGAAAUCAUCUGAUGAGUGUAACCCAAUUUUUGAAGUAAAAGUACCAACAGAUCAAGGAUCACCAGUAGCAAGAAGGGCUGCUGGAGUAAGCCUUCCAGAUGUGCCGCUUAAACCCUUGAGCUGGCAAGAGAUCACAGAGCAUGAAUGUGUACAUCAACUCUUGGGCUUCAGUCAGAUUCGGAAAUCAAAUAGGACAGGUUCCAAGUUGGAACUACCACCAAUGAUUUAUAAUGAGCUUGAAGAGCUGGAGAACAAACGAAAAAGAGCUCUUGAAGAUAGUGAAGCAGACGAACCUCCUGUAAUACACAAAAUGCCAAAGCGACUGUGUUUAGAGUUUCCACCAAUGAAUGCUGAUCAUGAGAAGAAAUCACCAUUAGGAGCAAAAUUAAUUCAGACUACAUUAGUAAGUAAACUUAAUGACAAUGAGAUUUCUAAGUGUUCUGCAACACCAAAGGUUGAAGACUACUCUGACACAAGAAGCAAUGAUCUGACAGAAGUAAAUUUACUUACACCAACCAGCAAUGAGGUCAUCGUUAUAUCCAGUGAUGACGACUCUCCUGUUAGUAUAUGCGAUAUGAAGUCUUCAGCAAAAGUUACCCCAUGCAGUCACCUUUGCGAGCGACAUCAGAGGGAAGCUUUUAAAUUUACCAGCAAUGGGCCACCGCUGGCAAAGAAGGCAUCAUCCUUCCGUCUUCCAGAUGAUGUCAGUUUUUACAGUUACCAGAGCAAGCCAAAUCCUGAUUCAGGAAGGAUGGAUAUGAAUGGUGAUGGCAGCUCAUUAUUUGGUGAAAUGCCAAAGUUGGAACCUGUUUUUGACCAAUUUAGCUCUGUACAGAUGUCAAGUAACGAAGAAAAACCUGGUACUUCAUCAUCUGAGGAAAGUGCUGAAGCAUGUCCAUCAGAUAUUCAGAGAAUGCUAUACACACCCAAGAAGGAGACUACAAUAAGUAUGUGUAUUCGUGAUUCUGAUGCAGGAAUUAGUGGGCCUUCCUUCAAAUUUGAGUGGAACCUGUCCCAGAACUCCUUUAAAAAUUCAUGUAACAAAAAUGUAGACAAAGCAGGUAAAAGAAAAAAUCCUGUUAAGAAAAGGGUAAAAAGAAAAAAUAAUCUAAGACAACAGGUUCUAUCAACUUCAAAAGAUAAUAAAAACAGGUUAGUUCAGUCAACAUUAAAUCAUUACUUCAGUUCAUCAAGUUCAUCUGGGAAGGAAUCUCCAUUAAAAAUUAGGUCUUCACCUCGCCUCCAACCAACAGAUGCAAGAGCCACUAGGAGUUCUAAAUUAAAGUUAAACAGACAGAAUAGAAAUGAUGUUCUAAAAAUAAUGAAAAAGAAAAAGAAGUCACAGAGAAAGAAAGAUGAGAAAAAUGCAAGUGUGACAAAGUCAAGCGCAAAGAAAAAGAGAUCAAAAAAGGCAAAGAAAAGAAGAAAAAGCAAUGGUGGUAGAAGAAGCGGACCUGAUAUAGAAUAUUGUCUCAACAAAUGUCUUGAUCGAUCAUCUACUGAUAAGAAUGAUUUCCAUCAUACUCACUUGGAGGAGAAACCAUGCACAUCAGAAACAUCUAUAUUAAUUGGCAAGGUACCUACAAAUGCUAUUAACAUUUUUACAAGGUUAAAUUUUGAUGUUGAUGAUGAGAAAGACCAGAAAACAUUCAGUAUUAGAUCCAAGCUUCGAGGAUUUUGUCCCAGUGAUAGUUGUGUCCCUAGAAGAAGUGAUCAUCUGGUGUCCAUCACACCAAACAACAAUUUUAAUAAACAAACCCCUAAGUUGGAAGAGAAUAAAACCACAGAAAUUAGUAACUUGUGUUCGUUUUCAAAUGAAGUUGUCUCCACUAAGAUCCAGUCGCAGAGAACGCCAAAGAACUGCAGCAGACCUCGUCAUUUUACUCAAUAUUUUUCAGAGUCAUUAUCCAAAGGUAGAUAUAAACAGCGAGUAACAAUGUCAACAUCGAGAUCCGAGCAUAGAUUUCCCAUGAGCGUGCCAAAAUGCAAGUCAAAUAGUUACCGUGCAGAUGUUUCAAUCUGUGACCAAUCUGGUUAUUUUCGGUCAUCUGAAGUUUGUUGUUUGAGAAAGCGAUUGAGGAUGGAGGACUUGGAAGGAGGCAGCUAAAUGGGCAACAUCAGCAAAAACAAAAAUAUCUGACUUUACAAAGAAUCUUCAAUGACAUUCUUUGUUAUAUUAACAGAGGCAUAACAAUGUCCGUUUUUGCAUACACCCUUAAAUUGGCUCAUAAUCAGUGAUGUAUCUAUAAGAGUCUUAAAGUGGUGGGGGUUUAAUAGGGGUGGGGGAGUGCAUCCCUCACUAAUAAUUAAGUGAGGGUGCUAGCUUGCAAAUUAAGAUGAUUUUAAACUACUUGAGCGUUAGUUGUUUGCUACAAACAUUUUGGGGACAACAGGGGCACAUACUUUUUUGGGGGAGUGUGUUCCUUGUGCUCCCAAUGGAUAUGCAACUGCUAAUAGUGGAAAAAAAAUCUAUGCUUUAUUUGAUCCUUUUAUAUAAGCAAUUCACUGUUUUAAGUGAAUUGUUUUUUUGUUUUUUUUACCACAGGUCCUAUAUUAUAUGACCUGUGGUAAAAUUAAAAAAAAAAAAAAUGCCUCAAAUAUUGCCUGAGAAAUAUAUAUAAAUAUUAGAGGCAUUAUCAUAGUACUGUACACAUGUACUGAAGUACAUUAAUUGUAAAUAUAUUGUAUAGCUUACUUACACAACACUUAAAAGUUAUUUUCGGAGACAUUUUACAGAACUAUUAUGCACGAAUGUUAUAUUUUUUCAAUAUAAAGAAUGAGUGUUGAAAACAACUUGAAAUAUUGUAUUCUUAGUUACCUUAAUCAAAUUCAAAAACUCACUGCUUGGAGAAAAAGAUUAUCAACGUCUAUCUCCUCAUUUUGUUUAUAUAAAUUUACAGGGUUUUUAUUAUGGAAUAUUGAUAUUUGCUUGGCUGCUUCGUUAUGGUUACUUAUGACAUCUCUAAGAGGAUGAAACAUGUGAUUUUCGUUUUCAACUGGUGUGUCAAAACGUAAUAAGUUCUGAAUAUAAUUGUAAAUAAAAACAAGAAACUCACAAACUAUUAAUUGCCCAAUGAUAUCUAAUUGUAAAUGAAGUUUACAAGAAGCAAAUAUACAUUGAAGAAAAGUUUUGCUGUACAGAUACUUCGGUUGAAAAGCUAUGGAUACUGUUUAGUUGUGGAGUAAAGCCAAAAAUACCAAGAAUCAAACAUCCGCUCCAUGUGAACUAUAGACAACGAGACACCAUCUGCUGAUUGUUGUCGGUGGUCUGAAUGGAUCGUCAUUAAAAACGAUCCGUUGUGCCGUAGCGUUCCUCAUAAAAUUGCGUCAGGCGCUGUGAGUGCCCGGCCUUACUCAACCGUAUCAACCGCACGUAUUGUUCUCUUAUCAGGACUGCUUUAUAUAAUGUAUUUUAUUUGUCAGUACAGUAUGAAGAUCUUGUUUAAACCUGGAUGUUUGUAUCAUGUUAUGAUAAUGGUUUGUGUACAUUUAUUUUUCUUUUUUUUUAUGUAUUCAUACGGGCAUUAUAUUCUGUUUAGAAAUUUGCGAUAUAUUGUUUAAAUACCGUACUUUAUUUUCAUGUGGUGACUGUGUGUGAGUGCAGUCCAGUUAUGAAUAGCAUUUUCUUCUACAGUAUUUACCCAGUUGGUUAAUAAAGAUUGCUUUACUACAGGAGCUUGGAGAGGAAAAAAUGUCUAGAUUGGCGAUGAUGAUAAUCUUGGUAGCAUUAUUAAUGCAUAGGCCAGUUGUAAAUUUGACUUUAUAUUGAUUAGCGGUUAUGUGUAUAUGUCUUGCUAUUUUGCUUGGUAACGCUUGAGCGUGCACGGGAAUCAAUAAGGCUUCUUAGAAUUUAGAUAAAAUAAAUACAUCAGCUAUAAA